AUGAGGAUUAUGGUGGCUGCCCCGUAUAUAGACGGGUAUGCUUACAGAUACUCUUUAAAGUCAUGCAGAUCAAAGGCAAGCCUAAAGAAGGGGUCUAAAAUGGCCUUCUUGAAUAUAGAAUUUGUAAAAAUUUUUAGGGGAAUGUAUUGCUGGGUAUAUGAUUAUACCCUAGCACGGGCCAUUAAUUUCUGCGAUUGUUCGGAGACUACCUAUAUUAAAAUCAAAGACCCAAUUUUGCAAGUAAUUUUUGAACAAGAGCCAGAAAUGGUUAAAAUAGGUGGAGAAGGUAUUGGGGUGCAGUUUGACAAAACUGCUAUCUGUAAUGGGGAGUUAAGUUAA